AUGGCCUUAGACUUUUUGUUGUCACAGCUGGCAAAGGGGAAUGGUAUGAGUGUGCUACUGCCCACCGCUGCCACUACUGUAGCACUCAGGGCCCCUCAACACAGGCGGCAGAGGCGGAGGCCUUGGCAGCGGGAUGGCCGACGUGACAAGCCCAAGGUGCUUAGGGCCGCUGGCGACGACAGCCCGCAUCCACAGCCCGUGGAGCCACCGGGGGAACCUCACCCAGCCGCGCAGGAGAAGCAGCCGCCGCAGCACAACGGCAGCUCCAAUGGCGUUAAAAUGGAGAAUGGUGUCAAAGAAGAGAAACCUGAAUUAAAAGAAAAAUCUGUAGGAAAUAAGAGGGCCAAUGGAUUUCAUCCUCAUUCAAAAGACAAGAAUUUAGGCACUGGAGAAAAGAAGGGUCCAAAUCGUAACAGAGUUUUUAUUAGCAACAUCCCAUAUGACAUGAAAUGGCAAACCAUUGAAGAUCUAAUGAGAGAAAAGUUGGGUCAGGUUACAUAUGUGGAGCUCUUUAAGGAUGCGGAAGGAAAAUCAAGGGGUUGUGGUGUGGUUGAAUUCAAAGAUGAAGAAUUUGUCAAGAAAGCACUAGAAACUAUGAACAAAUAUGAUCUUAGUGGAAGACCCUUGAAUAUCAAAGAGGAUCCUGAUGGAGAAAAUGCUCGUAGGACAUUGCAACCAACAGGAGGAUCAUUUCCAGGAGGACAGGUACCCGACGUGGAAUCGGGAUUGAUGAAUUUACCACCUUCCAUUCUCAAUAAUCCAAACGUUCCUCCUGAGGUUAUCAGUAAUUUGCAGGCUGAUAGACUUGGUUCCACAAUUUUUGUUGCUAAUCGUGACUUCAAAGUUGGUUGGGAGGAGCCAAAGGAAGUGUUCGGCGUAGCUGGAACUGUAAAUCGGGCAGAUAUUAAAGAAGACAAAGAUGGCAAAAGCAGAGUAAUGGGCACAGUCACUUUUGAACAGGCAAUUGAAGCAGUUCAAGCAAUUUCUAUGUUCAAGGGGCAGGUUUUCUUUGAUAGACCUAUGCAUGUGAAAAUGGAUGACGAGUCUGUCCCUCAUGAAGACUACCAUUCACAUGAUAGUAAAACACCACAAUUACCACGUGGUCUUGCAGGCAUUGGAAUGGGACUUGGUCCAUGUGGACAGCCUAUUAGUGCCAGCCAGUUGAACAUAGGUGGUGGAAUGGGAAAUUUAGGUCCAAGUGGUAUGGGAAUGGAUGGUCCAGGUUUUGGAGCAAUGAAUAGAAUUGGAGGAGGAAUUGGGUUUGGUGGUCUGGAAGCAAUGAAUAACAUGGGAGGAUUUGGAGGAGUUGGUCAAAUGAGAGAGCUAUACUGUGGUGCGAUGACUAGUAGCAUGGAGAGAGAUUUUGGACAUGGUGAUAUUGGAAUAAAUCGAGGCUUUGGAGAUUCCUUUGGUAGACUUGGUGGUGGAAUGGGUGGCAUGAACAGCGUGACUGGAGGAAUGGGGAUGGGACUGGAUUGGAUGAGUUCCAGCUUUGAUAGAAUGGGACCAGGUAUAGGAGCUAUCCUGGAAAGGACUAUCAAUAUGGAUCGAGGAUUUUUAUCAGGUCUGAUGGGAAGUGGAAUGAGAGACAGAAUAGGCUCCAAAGGCAACCAGAUAUUUGUCAGAAGUCAUGUAAUGUUUGCAGAAAUAAAAAUGGAGAAUGGAAAGUCAAAAGGCUGUGGAACAGUCAGAUCUGAUUCCCCAGGAUCAGCUGAAAAAGGCUGCAGAAUAAUGAAUGACAUAAAAAUCACUGGCAGAGAAAUUGAUGUUCGCUUGUAUCAUAAUGCAUAA